AUAAUCCCUAGUAUGAUUGAGGAAAUCAAAAUCAAAGAUAAAAAGUAAAAAAUAAAAAAUCAAAAUCAAUCAAAGAAGAAGUGUAAAGAUGGGAGUGUUGGAAGGAAUAGGAGUGAUAGCGCCAUUCCCAUUCUACUAUUGGUUAUGGAAUCAUCCUCAAACAUGGGUAGAUCUAUGCGGGAAAAACAAUGAGCCAUCUAAGUUAAUGGCUUAUGUCUCCCAUCUUCUGAAACUUAUUCAAUUUCUUUCUCUUUUCUCCGUCUCUUCUAUCUCUUGGCAAUGGCCUCCUCUCUACUUUUGGCCUCUCUUCCUUGCUGGUCAGUUCCUCAACUUCAGGGUAUAUCAAUUACUGGGUGAAGCUGGGACUUAUUAUGGUGUUCGAUUUGGAAAGAACAUUCCUUGGGUUACAGAAUUUCCAUUUGGAUACGUCAAAGAUCCACAGUAUGUUGGAAGCAUUUUGAGUCUUUUGGCAUGUCUUUCAUGGGUUCCGUUCCAGUAUAUUCUCCUCUGGUGCCUUGGCUAUGUGUUCAUGAUUUAUGUUGAAUCCAAUGAAGAUCCUACUACUCGUGCCAAACCACUCAGUUGAACUUCAUAUUCACUAAUUUCAUUCAAAUGAAAGUUAUAAAGCUUAUCAAGUAUCAGCUUUUCGCUGCUUAUUCUGUUAUUUUUUAAUCUCUUUCGUAUCUGUUAGCUUUAGUUACCAUGUAAGAUACUAGUUAUUUUUGGUAUCUCACUCAAAUGUCAGAAUGUACAAUUAUUUUUAGUGCAUCUUUUACAUCUUCAA